UGAGUGACACUCAAAAUAUUGACUUCAAUUGGGAAAAGAGUGCUUUUUUUCCUUUUCUUCAUCUUUUGAUAGCUUGUUGAUUGGAGUCAUCAUCCCCUUAUUGUGGAUCUCGUUCAAAUCGUCUAACUGAAGCUAAUUUUCCACUUUUAUGGCGCUUCCAUGGUUUUUCUUUGGGAAAUCAUUCUUCUCUGUUAUCUUCUUGACUAUAUCCUUAUCCAUCUUAAGCUGUGUUAUCAUCAUAGUCGUUGCCUCAUGGAGAAUUGCUUUGAUUCUUUGGUGUCAUCACUCUGUAGAAACAGCUAGACGAUCGACACAAUCUGCUUUGGUGGACCGAGGUUUUAACAGAAAGAUGCUGCGCUCGCUCCCUAAAAUUGCAUACAACGCAGAAGUUUACGGGAAGAAGCUGACUGAGUGUGCAAUCUGCUUGAUGGAGUUUGUGGAUGGGGAUGUGAUGAGGGUGUUGACACACUGUGGCCAUGGCUUCCAUAUGAAUUGUAUCGAUAAGUGGCUCGAGAGCCAUUCCUCCUGCCCAUCUUGCCGUGAUGUUCUGGUUCUUGAAGAUUGUCUUAAUUGUAAUGGGGUUUUGAGAAACCAUGUAUAGGAAUAUCCAUCUACACAUGCCACAAAUUUAGUGUAAAAGUUCAUCAUAUUGAGAAGAUGUUCUGGUUGUUGAGGACAAUAUUACCAACAAAGUAAAUGUUAAUUUUGUCUAUGCUCUUAUUAAGCUUAAUGGAAAUGAGUAUGGAGAUUAUAGUGUCCAUUCUGGUUAUGAUCCAAUUUGGAUUCCAUCCUAUGAAUCAAAUUAUGAACAUACUGAUUUUAUUAUUGAUAA